UGUCGGAAGAUGUUCCCUGCAGACUGGGGUGCGGGAGCUGACUGCAGCGGGAGCGGGGAAGAUCCAGGCCGGCGGCGGGAGGGUAAUGCGCGUUUCCGUAUUGGAUACUGACCGUGAGCCCGGCACAAAGCGCGCCCUGGCGUUCAACUUGGAAGCCAGAAAGACCGGAUAAAUUCCGCCUUUGUCACUUGGGCAUAAGUGAGGUUCUUAUCUGAAAAUAAGGAUAGUAGUUAAAAACUGCUUUGUGGCGUUGUUCAGAAAGAGGCCUAAAUCUCAACGUCUUUGGAACAAAGCGGCUCUUGUGUGGCAAGCAGGAGAGGAGCCCUGGGGACAGGAGUCCCACCUGGAAGAAAAGUUUAUCUGACAGGGACCAUCCUCACCAAAGCUUCAGAACAAAUGCAGAAGAACCCAGAAAGGAGUGGGUCCUAAUUUGUUCCACCAGAAGCAUUUUGUUAUUACCUUUUCCAGAAAGAGCCAGACUUGGUGAUGUCACCACAUCCAGAAGCCAUCACAGACUGUAUGACAGUGGAAACUGGUCCAGCUUGCAGAAGGUGGUGAGCUGGGGUUGGAAGAGAUUGGUGAUUGUCAGGCCGUACAAGAAAAGCCAAGCCAGAGCCAAGGAAAUUCAUUCUCCGUCCCUAAACAGCCCCCUAUUUUCUUCAUUCUUCACUUAUUUGCAGAUUCUGAGCCACUCUCUCAUUGUGUCCAUCAGAAGGGGCAUCUAGGGAUAUGCUGAGUUUUCCUUUAUCCUGAACAUAAAGAAUUACAAAAUGACAGUAUAGGAGUAGAUUUCUAUCUCUGACUCUUUUGAAACUUUUAAAAAACUGGAGCCUCAGAUGUAUGUCCCCUGGUCACCCAGGACAGAGCUAGGAGGAAAGCAUAGUGCUGUUCAUUCUGUCACACCUUAUCCUUCACAGUUGUCCGUACUCUCCCAACAACAGCAGAAAAUGGACACAACUCAGGCUUCAGUGUCAUUCAAGGACGUGACUGUGGAGUUCACCCAGGAGGAGUGGCAGCAAAUGGGUCCAAUUCAGAGGACCCUGUAUAGAGAUGUGAUGCUGGAGAACUACAACAACCUGGUCUCAGUGGGUAACUGUAUUUUCAAACCAGCAGUAAUCUUCAAAUUGGAGCAAGGAGAGGAGCCUUGGUUCUUAGAGGAAGAAUUCUUAAACCAGAGCCACCAAGAAGAUUACAGAGAUGAUUACCUGAUCAAGAGGAACAAGAAAAUCAAAGACAACCACUUUCAGGAAGUAAUAUCCAUUAAUAAUAAACUAUUGACUGGAGAGGAAGAGGAAAUUUUGGGAAAACAGUUUAAUCUGCACAUAGCUCCUGUUUCAACAAAAAUGUCCUGUAAAUAUGACUCAUGGGGAGUAAAUUUGCAAAAUAUUUCCCAAUUUAUCAUUAAUAAUAGAAACUAUUCAACAAAAAAACCAGAUUGCUGUAGUAUAUGUGAAAAUUUGUCUUUCAAAAUUAAGUUUGAGAGAAAUCACACUGGAGAGAAGUUAUAUGAAUAUAAUAGAAGUGGGGAAGCUUUCAGUUAUAAGGAAAAUCCUCCUGAGAGUCAAAAGUGUCAAACGUUGGAGCAAGCUUUUAAAUAUAAUGAAAUUGGAAAAACCAUCUAUGAUGAGGCUGCCUGUGUUACACAUAAGAAUAUUCACACAGGAGAAAAAUCCUAUAAAAACGAUGGAUUUAGGGGAAAAAAUGAAAAAACAACUGUCUUUAACUAUAAAAGAACUGGGACAGGGGAGAAAUACCCUCAUCUUAACCAAUGUGGGAAAUCCUUCUGUGAGAAGUCAGCUCUCAAGGAAUACAAUAAAUUCAACAUGGCUGUGAAACCUGAAUGUAAUGCAAGUGGGAAUAAUUUCUACAGGAAGUCAUACUUCACUCAACCUCAGAUAACUGUCACAGAAGAGAACUCAUUAGUAUGUAAUGACAGAAGACAAACUGGGGAUAAAUCCUUUGAAUAUCAUGAAGAUAGGAAAUCCUACCACAUAUCAGCCCACAAAGUACGACAGUGGAGUCACUCUGAAGUAAAACCCUAUAAGUGUAAUGAAUGUGGUAAAUCUUUCUUUCAAAAAGGACAUCUCAUUCAACAUCAGAGAACUCACACAGGAGAGAAACCAUUUGAAUGUAAUGAAUGUGGAAAAACCUUCUCCCAGAAGUCACACCUCAGUACACAUCAGAGAAUUCACAGAGCAGAAAAACCCUAUAAGUGUAAUGAAUGUGGGAAAACAUUUGUCCAGAAGUCAACCCUCAGGGGACAUCAGAGAAUUCAUACAGGAGAGAAGCCUUAUAAAUGUAGUGAAUGUGGGAAAACUUUUGUUCAAAAGUCAACCCUCAGAGAUCAUCACAGAAUUCACACAGGAGAGAAAUCCUUUCAGUGUAAUGAAUGUGGGAAAACUUUUGGUCAGAAGUCAAACCUCAGAAUACAUCAGAGAACACAUAGUGGUGAGAAAACAUAUCAGUGUAACGAAUGUGAAAAAUCGUUCUGGCGAAAAGACCAUCUCAUUCAACAUCAGAAAACACACACAGGAGAGAAACCUUUUAAAUGUAAUGAAUGUGGGAAAACUUUCGCCCGGACAUCAACCCUUAGAGUGCAUCAAAGAAUUCAUACUGGGGAGAAACCAUUUAAAUGUAAUGAAUGUGGGAAAAAGUUUGUCCGGAAGGCAAUCCUUAGUGAUCAUCAGAGAAUUCAUACAGGAGAGAAACCUUUUCAGUGUAACAAAUGUGGGAAACCUUUUGGCCAGAAAUCAAACCUCAGAAUACAUCAGAGAAUUCACAGUGGUGAAAUCUUAUAAAUGUAAUGAAUUUAGAACAUUGUCUAAGAAGUCAACCCUAAAUAUUUACCAGAGAAUUCAGGGAGGGAGGGAAAUCCUGUUGAUAUAAUAGCUGUGGAAAAUCAUUGUGGCUGAAAGACCAAUCCAUUUGACUCCAGAAAAUCCACACACGAGAGGAACCACAUACAUAUGAAUGUAGGAAAACCUUUAUCCAAAAAGCAACCUUGAAUAUAUAUCAGAGAAUGCACACAGGCUGAUACUCCUUUCAAGAUACUAUGGAAAGCCCUCUUGAAAGAAGCCAUGCCUUUUAAGAUAACUCACACAUAAUUGUCUGGGUCUCCCUUUCCUCCAAAUAGGGCUGGUGGACUUUGAAUGUUCAUGUUGUAUGCCGUAUCUAGUUCUGACAAAAGACCUCCCUGACAAACUACAGGGAUACUGUCAGAAUAAAACAGAGAUGACCCAAGACAACCUUGGGUAUCAUGCUUCAACAUGGCACUGCUUUUAUAAGAUAAAAGGGUGCCUGGAAUAUGUGGAACAAAAUUCUCAUUCCCAUCUUUACCAUUUGAACAUUUUAUAAUUAAGAAGUAAGCUUUUGUUAAGCUCUUAAAUGUUUAGGUCUAUUUGCUUUUGAACAUAAUUUAGCCAUCCCUCUGCUGGGGAGGUAGAAAACUAUUUGAGUAAGCCAAGCUUAUGUCAGCCAGCGGGUAUAACACUUUAAAUUAAAGUGUGGUGUUGGGAGGAGUCUCUCAAAGAUCAUCAGAGAAUUCAUUUAAAAAAAAUCACCUUCUUUCAAUGUAAUGAAAUAAAUAAUACACCUGUAACAGGGCUUUCGAUGAACCAAAAGGUUGAAAGGUUUUUUGGUUAAAAUAUGAGUAUACCUCAUGCAACUAAAGUAAAUGUGGCUUAAUGUCAUGAAGCCCCUCUCCUUCCACACUUCCUUUUACCUCCAUAUACCCCAAUAUUCGCUGCUUUAGGGGAGAGAAAUUUUCCUGUCUCCAAAGGGGACACAAGGCCAUUGACACCUACCCAAGUAUUUGGGGGAACUUUGAGGGAGGAAAGGGGUCCAAACUUUUCUGGAUCUAUGAGAUACAAGUGCCCAAGUCAACAUCUUAUCAAUUUCCAUGUGAUUAGAGGGUAUCUAGAUUUAGAAAAUGUUGUUAGGGCAGGGUUUACAGUAGGGAAGGGAAAUGAAUUUGAUCUUGGAAUAAAGGAGGCCCUUUAGGCCAGUACAGUAUACUGGGAUUAUUUCUAAAUCUGAAACUAUAGUAGGAAUGUGUUCUAUGCUAUAUUUCCCCUUCCCAUAACUCAGAGGAGAUUCUCCUAGUCAGGAAAAGUUGUGUGUAAAGAAGAUAACUUUGAGGUCUCACAGCCCUUAAUGACUACCUUGGGCUUCAAGUCUCUGUGACUUGUCAUUCUGUUGAUUGGAAUUUCUAGCAAAAGGAGAUGCCCUUGGGGUGGGGGAGAAGGGUUAUUUGACUUGAUACCCUAAUGAGGCUAUGAAGUAUACUCCUUUUGUAAAGCAGCCAUUAGCUUACUCUUGGGCUCUUUUACACUAGACACCUGACUCUGACUUGAUAUUCCAAUUUUAGGGUGUCAUCUUGGACUUAACUGGCUAACAAGAUGUAAAGUACUCAGGCCUCAUGUGUAAAAUGCACAUGGUAUAUUUAAGAAUACAGCUGUCUUGGUCCCAGAAGUAUCUCAGCUGUACAUGAGGUGAUAGCAGCUAUCCCUUACAGAGAAAAUUUAUCCCCCAUUCUGCUGCGUGAAGCAAAGCUACUGGCUCAGUAGGGCCCUCAGUUCAUAGAGGUUACUCUAAUUGGGCCUGGUUCACUGAAAGGCUAGUGAGAACCACUUGGGCACUGUGACUAGUCAACCUUAUUGCCAUUAAUGCAGACCUAAAAAUUGAUGUGGCUGAUCCUCUCAAGGGGCAGGACACAAGGAUGUUCUUAACUCUAGCAGAUAUUCCCUUUGAUAAAACUUCUGGCAUUUUUAUUUUGGGUUCUUACUGUGCCUAGCUGCUUGACACACCAGCAGUAAAACUGCAGACUGACAAAAGCACCCCUUUUUGGUGCUGUGAACUGUAGGGAAAAGUCAUAGCUGCUGACAUCUGGGUUGUUAAACUAGGUGCUCUUGGUAAGUGACUAUUCUAUGGUAAUACCGAGUGGAACCAAGCUGCUGAGUAAGACUUCACUACCCUGAUUGCCAGCAUUGCUACCUGGAUCCAUCAUCAUACUGAUAGAGCAAAAUAUUCACCAUUUUAACUGCAUACAAAGUAAAGGUCUCUAUAUGUCCAGUGCUUCCUUUGAUGUCAUUUGACCUAAUACAAUUUUUUCUUUUGUAUUAAUAUCCAGUGCUCCACAUACGAUAAUUCACCCCUUUCCUAAUGAUUUUAAAUCUGUUCAUAUUCUAAAUUGCCAUUUGUAAAGAUAUUGCACAGAGCUGCUCAUGACCCAUUCCCUGCAUUCUGUUAUACUAGCAACAUAUCCACCUUUUGGGAUCAAGGCUAGCGUAUACCUCAUAUGAGCCAAAAUAUUCCUUUUCUAGCCUGAUACUGAAUUUUUUCACUGAAGAGUAUUUGAAUCAAGAAAAGGAAAAUAUGUCCUAGGACUACAGAAAUGGAACAUCAGAUGCCGGUUAAAUUAUUACUCUAGAGCUGCCAAUGGCCUUGCAAAGAUGCAUCUGCAAAAACAGAAGAUAAUAUCUAGUGCUAUAUUCCCUAAAAAUAAUCAAGAGAUUAUUGUUCACUCUGCUUUUAUAAUAGUUGGUAAUAUAAAGAGUCCUUCUUUCUUAGUUUCUUAAGUUUCAGUUUCUUAAGAUAUUUAGAAUCAUCUCCUUUAUACCCUUUUUUAUAUAUAAUCUUUUAGAAUUGUGAUUGGAUUUGCUAUUAAGUUCAAGAUCAUCUACCCAUUAGGAUGAAAUAAGUCCACCCAGGUAGUCUGAGUCACUCAUUGGGAGUACAGGUGACAAAGUCCCAUGAUUGGACACUUAGGCUUUACCUGCUGUCCCCUUGCUGGGGUAGGCCCACAGGACAACUCCCUGUAUAAUACAUUAUUAACUGGAGACCAUGGUCUGUGCUAUAGCCAUGAAUGCUUCUUUCUCCCUACUUGGCUGAUGACCUUUCCAGAUCGUGGGCUUUUAUUCCAACAUGGAUGCCACAUCUAGAGACCCUGGAAGAGUCAAUUUUCUGUCUGCCUGCCUAUUAAGGACCUUUAUGCUAAUUUUAAAAAGCCUCCAUUGAGGGCAGGAAUUUUUAUGUUCUGUUCAUAAUGUGUAUCUCAAACAACUGAAACAGACCCUCUACAUAUUGCUCACUCAGAAAUACUUCCUGAAGGUGAAAUUAUCAAAGUGAAAUCUGAAUAUAUUUUGAUGCUGCAAAUGAUCUUCUGUGAUUAUUCAUCAUUUAUUAUAAAUAGUUAAGGAAAACUAUUGCUAUAAGCUCCACUCAAAGACUUCUGGAUAUUUUUUUUUUAAUUUUUUUUUUUUAACGUUUAUUUUUGAGACAGAGAGAGACAGAGCGUGAACAGGGGAGGGGCAGAGAAAGAGGGAGACACAGAAUCUGAAACAGGCUCCAGGCUCUGCGCAGUCCACACAGAGCCCGACGUGGGGCUUGAACUCACGGACCAUGAGAUCAUGACCUGAGCCGAAGUCGGACGCUUAACCGACCGAGCCACCCAGGCGACCCUGUUCUGGAUAUUUUCUAAAGUUGAUAAAAGAAACGUGUUUAUUAAUGUUCAGAAGUGUACAGUUCUUCAAAUAUUUGUCACCCAAAAUAAGAUUUAUUUUCAAUAAACUAGAAUUCCCAAUUCAAAAUUAUGCCUACAUAUCAGUUUUUAUUAGCAUUGUA